AUGGAAGUAGAGGACGAAAAAGAAAAUUUUGCCAAAAGAAAUAAACAAGAGAAGCCGGCAAUUACCGUUCCUAUCAAGAAGUUCGAGUCUAGGGAGAGCAAAGGACCAAGAAAAUUUGGGUCGCAACCGUUCAACAGAUUGUAG